AAAUCAGAAAUAAGUAGAAUUAAAUAGUUUUGAUUAAAUUUAGGUUUCUAGAACCAUUAAAUAGUGUUUAAAAACUUAUGCGAAACUGCGUUUGUCAAAUGCUAUUUCAUUUAGGGGUAUAACGUCCUGUUAAGCCUUUUUUUGCGGCGCUUCGUUUGUUUUGGUCGCAUUGUAAUUUCCUCAAUUCAGAUUAGCAUAAAAAUAAAAACAAAAAUGUUUGCAAGGCUUGCAACAACUGCAAUAGCGACAUUGCGAAGUGGAAGUAGCAGCAAAUGGCCUGUGCCCACAACAAUUGUCAGUCGGCAAUAUGCUGCGCAGCCGAAACGCUUCUACAAAAAGACUUCUGUGCUAUAUGCUGACGGUGGUUAUGAGGUGACGCUGGACCAUCGCAAGUUGAAAACACCAAAGGGUGCGAUCUUCUCAGUCAAGAGUGAACCGUUGGCUAUUGCCGUGGCUACUGAAUUUGACAACCAAAGGGAGCACAUCGAACGGUCGCGCAUGCAUCUGUCCGCCAUAUGCUUUACAGCCAUAGAUAAUCCCAACAAUUUUACAAAAAUAGAUAUGGUCAACUAUUUGCUAAACUAUAUUGCCACCGACACGGUGCUUUUUCAAUAUGACAAUGAAAAAGAUUUGCAGGAGCUGCAACAGAACGAAUGGGAUCCAGUGAUUGCCUGGUUUAACCAACGCUAUGAAACAAAUCUCAAGAAGACAAUGAACAUAACGCCGCCAAAAGUUACAGAUGAGGAUAAAAUGAAAAUUGCAAAGCAUUUUCAGUCGCACAGUCUGGAAACGCUGCAUGGCUUCAUAUUUGCCGUGGACACACUAAAGUCAAUAGUGCUAGCCUGCGCAGUCAUUGACCAACAGAUAACAGUAGAAAAGGCAGUUGCCUUAGCUCGUCUUGAGGAGGAGUAUCAAGUUAAGUUCUGGGGCCGUGUGGAGUGGUCCCACGAUUUGAGCCAACAGGAGCUGCAGGCACGCCUGGCUGCUGCAGUACUCUACGUGCACAUGAAUUGUUCUGAGAGCUUUGUUAAAGAGAAAUUGCUGGUGUAAAUAAAUUUGAAAUAGGCGGACCUAAUAAUUAAUAACCAAAUAUCAUCGCUUUUCAACGAGCAUUGAAAUGAA